AUGCAGGUGGAUCCUUCUUGGACGGAGGUGUUUACUGACGCUGUGCAAGAGGAGUCGUCGAAUCCAAUGAAGAGUGCGUGCCUCUCCGAAGGUCCACCCGCACCACAAUCACAACCGCUGGCCAUCCAGAACAGCUCCAGCUCGAAAGGAGCGUUCAGACCUUCAUCGAUGCCGUCCAUACCCAAUCCCUUCCCUGAACUGUGUAGUCCCUCCCAUUCUCCUGUACGGGUCGGCUCGCUGGUGGGAAGUGCCACGUCCACUGACGAAGACACGCACGUGGUAAGGGUGUUCGGAGAGGGCACGCACAGUCGCUCCGUAGCAGUGUCGUCAGCCGCAACAGCGCGAGAGGUGUGUCACAUUUUAGUCGAGUCGACUCACUGUCUGGAUGAAGAGAACUGGGCUCUCCUCGAGCAGCACCCUUCACUAGGGCUUGAGCGCUGCCUCGAGGACCAUGAAGUGGUGUCUCGGGUGCAAUCCUCCUGGCCACAAGAUGGAGACACAAAGCUGCUGUUCCGUAAAAACUACGCCAAGUACGAGUUCUUCAAAAAGCCAGCGCAAUAUUUCCCAGAGAACAUGAUUUCUGACUGCACCGACGUCAAAACGGGAAUGACGCCCUCACAGCUUGUCCAGAGCAUGCUGAAGUGUGGCUCAUGUCCAGAGAUUCAAGGCUACCUGCAUGUACGUGAGGCAGGGAAGAAGUCGUGGAAGAAACUGUACUUCGUUUUGCGGAGAUCUGGACUUUACUGCUCCACCAAGGGCUCAUCGAAGGAACCUCGACACCUUCAGUGUGUAGCUGAUCUCGAAGACGUCAGCGUGUAUACAGUCAGCAACAGUCGGAAACUCUACAACUCGCCCAAAGGGGACACUUUCUGCAUGAAGACUAGCAGAGGCAGAUUUCACUCUCAGGAGCUGAAACUUUUGUGUGCGGACAGUGAACAGAGUAAAACCUGCUGGGUUACGGCCUUCAGGUUGUUUAAGUAUGGGAAGCAGCUUCAGUGUAAUUACCUGCUGGCACAGGCGAAUCCGAACCUACAGAUCCCCUCACGAAAUAACACCAAGCGAUCAGACGGAGAGGAGUCGAUGGUAGCCAUGGAUUUCUCAGGGAAGAGCGGCGGGCGAGUGAUCCUCAACCCACGAGAGGCUGAGAGCGCCGAGCAAGAGGAGGCAUAUAACUGGAGGAAGAGAGAGGCACUGCGCUACAGCUUACCGAACAGCAGCCAUGGGUCACGACCUCCAGCUGUGCACCAGACUCAGCCCUGGUUCCAUGGCGGUGUUUCCCGGUCUGAAGCCCAGCAGCUGCUGGAGGAGCAGGGUCAGGCGGAUGGGCUGUUUUUGAUCCGGGACAGUCAGCUGCACACCCAGUGUUUAGUCUUGUCACUGUGUCAUCAGCGGAAGAUCAAACACUACCUGCUCAUUCCCUGUGAGGAGGGCGGCAGGCAGUACUACACGAUGGAUGACGGUGUCACUCUGUUCAUUGACCUGCUGCAGCUGGUGGAGUUUCAUCAGAUUAAUCGGGGCAUCCUCCCCGUGUGCCUCAAACACCCGUGCAUCCGCAUCGCUCUCUGACCCUGAAUUCCCACUGCGUACUCACUCUACACACAACCAAUAUACAUCAAAACCACUGUGUCUAAGCCAUUACAACUCAAAUAACGUUUAAAUCCGAGGAGUCGACGCGAGUGCACGUUAUUUGUGCACGUUGUUUCCGCCCUUUCAGUCACUUGGUGAUGCUGGAGUUCACCGCUUUGGGGGAUUACAUCUGAUAGAUGAAGAAUUUUGCACAAUGCUUUUGGCAGAGAAGCUGUUUUUUAAAUUUUUUUUUUUUUUUUCCUUUCAGGUGAAUAUUUAUGAAAUUGUUUUACGAUUGCAGGUUUGUAUGACCUUUUGCAUUCAUUUUGUAUACCUCCUUGUUUUACGGCUGUAAACCGCAGCCAGGUAUUUAAAU